UUUGCGGACUGGAAGCUGAGACUCAAAGGGCUCCCUAGCCAGGAUUUCAAGCCUAUCUGGCCCUUGAUGAACUUGUUGGACACAUCGACCAUCCAUGGAGAUUGGGGCUGGCUCACAUAUCCGGCUCACGGGUGGGACUCCAUCAACGAGGUGGACGAGUCCUUCCAUCCCAUACACACCUACCAGGUGUGCAACGUCAUGAGCCCCAACCAGAACAACUGGCUGCGCACCAGCUGGGUGCCCCGCGAUGGCGCGAGGCGGGUCUACGCGGAGAUCAAGUUCACGCUGCGCGACUGCAACAGCAUGCCCGGCGUGCUGGGCACCUGCAAGGAGACCUUCAAUCUCUACUACCUGGAGUCUGACCGCGACCUGGGCGCCAGCACGCAGGAAAGCCAGUUCCUCAAGAUCGACACGAUCGCGGCUGACGAGAGCUUCACCGGCGCUGACCUGGGCGUGCGGCGGCUCAAGCUCAACACGGAGGUGCGCGGCGUGGGGCCGCUCAGCAAGCGCGGCUUCUACCUGGCCUUCCAGGACAUCGGGGCCUGCCUCGCCAUCCUGUCUCUGCGCAUCUACUACAAGAAGUGCCCCGCCAUGGUGCGCAACCUGGCAGCCUUCUCGGAGGCGGUGACUGGGGCCGACUCGUCCUCUCUGGUGGAGGUGCGGGGCCAGUGCGUGCGUCACUCGGAGGAGCGGGACACGCCCAAGAUGUACUGCAGCGCCGAGGGCGAGUGGCUGGUGCCCAUAGGCAAGUGCGUGUGCAGCGCUGGCUACGAGGAGCGGCGGGAUGCCUGUGUGGCCUGCGAACUGGGCUUCUACAAAUCAGCCCCGGGGGACCAGCUGUGUGCCCGCUGCCCUCCACACAGCCACUCCGCAGCCCCUGCUGCCCAGACCUGCCGCUGUGACCUCAGCUACUACCGUGCCACCCUGGACCCACCGUCCACAGCCUGCACCCGGCCACCCUCAGCUCCAGUGAACGUGAUCUCCAGUGUGAAUGGCACAUCCGUGACCCUGGAGUGGGCCCCUCCCCUGGACCCAGGUGGCCGCAGUGACAUCACCUACAAUGCCGUGUGCCGCCGCUGCCCGUGGACCCUGAGCCGGUGUGAAGCAUGUGGGAGUGGCACCCGCUUCGUGCCACAGCAGAAGAGCCUGGUGCAGGCCAGCCUCCUGGUGGCCAACCUGCUGGCCCACAUGAACUACUCCUUCUGGAUCGAGGCUGUCAACGGCGUGUCUGACCUGAGCUCUGAGCCCCGCCAGGCUGCUGUGGUCAACAUCACCACAAAUCAGGCAGGUGUGUGGAGAUGCCCCAUCCCCAGCCCCGGGUCAGGAUCGGGGUGAUGCCUGGUCUGAGUGUGGGCUUGGGGCAGCCCUGUCUUCACUAUCAGGACCCGGAGAAGACUAAGACAGGAGCCAGACAUAGUGGUACACACUUGUAAUCCAGCACUCUGGGAGGGAGGCUGAGGCAGAAAGACCCUAAGUUUAA